GAGGCCUGGCCCCCCGAGGGGGCGGGCCAGCGGCCUCCGCGCAUGCUUAGUGCGUACGCAGUGCCGGAGGCGGUGGAGUUAUGGCGGCUCGGUGCGUGAGGUUGGCGCGGUGCAGCCUCCCGGCUUUGGGAUUGUCUUUCAGGCCUUGUCCUCGUCUGUUGUGCACGGCUGCAAAGCAGAAGAACAGUGGCCAGAACCUGGAAGAGGACAUGGGUCAGAAUGAGCAGAAGACAGAUCUUUCCUCUACAGAGAAGAUACUCAUGGAAGAGAAGCUCAAGUUAGAAGAGCAGCUGAAGGAGACUGUGGAAAAAUACAAGCGAGCUUUGGCAGAUACUGAGAACUUGCGGCAGAGGAGCCAAAAAUUGGUGGAGGAGGCAAAGUUAUAUGGCAUUCAGAGCUUCUGCAAGGACUUGUUAGAGGUUGCAGACAUUUUGGAGAAGGCAACGCAGUGUGUCCCGGAAGAGGAGAUCAAGGACGAGAACCCGCACCUGAAGAGCCUCUACGAGGGGCUUGUAAUGACUGAAGUCCAGGUCCAGAAGGUGUUCGCGAAGCACGGCUUACUCAGGCUGAACCCCGUGGGCGCCAAGUUCGACCCUUACGAGCAUGAGGCCUUGUUCCACACGCCGGUUGAGGGGAAGGAGCCGGGCACAGUGGCGCUGGUCAGCAAGGUGGGGUACAAGCUGCAUGGGCGCACCCUCAGGCCCGCCCUGGUGGGGGUGGUGAAAGAAGCUUAGCUGCCUGGCAAGGGUUUGCUGGGUGUUCAUAAUCAACUUGCUUUAACUCUUAAAAGGCUGGUUCAUCUUUUCUCGUCUGACUACUUUUGACCUUUUCCCAAACCCCAUUGGAAAGCUUUAGUAACCAGUGGCCAAACAAAAUUAAGCUGGUUACACAUCUGUGUUAAUGAACUCUUAAUUUGGGAAUCUGAUCUAUUUUUAAAACGUGUUUAAGAGUUCCACAUACUCACAGAACAGGCUGACAGGACACUGCCGAGCCCUAGAGUAUCGCGAAUGGUGCUGUGUCCGCUCAGACUGGUGGCAUCGAAUAAAGGUCUUGAGGACUCCUGCUGCCUGGCUAGCUGGCACAGCAGCCCUGCCGUGUCUUCCGCACCUCCCCGUGGCACUCGGGCUCCUGGGUCGCCUGGCCCACUGCAUUUUCCAUUCAGGGAAGGAAAGGCAGGAGUAUAAACAUUUCUUAAAAAUGUUAUGAUGACCUUGGUGAAGAGUACGUGGGUUCAUUUGUGUUAGUUACAACCUAGCUGCUAAAAGUGACUGGCUUCUGGCUUUGCUUUUGAGAUGUGAAAUGAGCAUUUGGGCCUUAACGGUUCUUACCACAUUUUUUGCCAGUAACUGAGUUGGACAAAAUCAGUUACUUUUGCCCCAUUUUGUUUAUCUAUUUGUACAAACGUUUAAAUCUAUAUUCAGCUAGUACUCAUCUUGAAGGCAUCCUCCCUAGUUGAGGUGGACUUUCUCAAAAAUCUAAGGACUACAUGCUUGGUAUAUUUUUAAUGUUAAUGUUUAAUUUUUAAACUUAUUUAAGAGGAUUAAAGCCCUUCAUGUGUUUAUUUUUCUA